CGGUUGGCGGCCGGCGGUGGGAGAUGCGCCCGCGAGCGAAGGGCGGGCGUUCGAAGGCAGCUCGGCGCUGGGGCUGAGCGGCUGAGGCGCCGCGCGGUCAUGGCCCCCACCAAGCCCUGGGGAGAGUGGUUCCUGGGCCUGCGGGUGCCGCCCGCCGGCGUCUUCGGGGUGGCCUUCCUCGCCCGGGUGGCCCUGGUUUUCUACGGCGUCUUCCAGGACCGGACGCUGCUCGUGCGGUACACGGACGUCGACUACCGGGUGUUCACGGACGCCGCGCGCUUCGUCACCGAGGGGCGCUCCCCGUACCUGCGGGCCACGUACCGCUACACCCCGCUGCUGGGCUGGCUGCUCACGCCCAACGUGUAUCUGUGCGAGCUCUUCGGGAAGUUUCUGUUCAUCAGCUGCGACCUGCUCACCGCCUUCCUCCUCUACCGCCUGCUGCUCUUCAAGGGGCUGGGCCGGCGCCGGGCUUGCGGCUACUGUGUCUUCUGGCUCCUUAACCCGCUGCCCAUGGCGGUGUCCAGCCGCGGCAACGCCGACUCGAUGGUCGCGGCGCUGGUGCUGGCGACGCUGUACCUGCUCGCGAGGAGGCAGGUGGCGUGCGCCGCGGUGUCGUACGGCCUCGCCGUGCACAUGAAGAUGUACCCGGUGACCUACAUCCUGCCCAUCGCCCUGCACUUGCUCCCGGAGCGCGGCGACCCCGGCCGGCCCCGCUGUCCCUUCCAGGCCCGCCUGUACGAAUUCCUCAAGAGGCUGUGCAGUCGGGCCGUGCUGCUCUUCGUCGCCGUCGCCGGGCUCACGUUUUUCGCCCUGAGCUUCGGCUUCUACCAGAAAUACGGCUGGGAGUUUCUGGAGCACACCUACCUGUACCACCUGACGAGGCGGGACAUCCGGCACAACUUCUCGCCCUACUUCUACAUGCUGUACUUGACCGCGGAGAGCCCGUGGAGCUUCUCCCUGGGCCUCGCCGCCUUCCUGCCGCAGUUCCUCCUGCUGUCGGCCGUGUCGUUCGCCUACUACAGGGACCUCGUCUUCUGCUGUUUCCUGCACACGGCCAUCUUCGUGACUUUUAACAAAGUCUGCACCUCCCAGUACUUUCUUUGGUACCUCUGCCUGCUGCCCCUGGUGAUGCCGCUGGUGAGGAUACGGUGGAAACGCGCCGUGGUUCUCCUGAUGCUGUGGUUCAUCGGGCAGGCCCUCUGGCUGGCUCCUGCGUACCUCCUGGAGUUUCAGGGAAAGAACACCUUUCUGUUUAUCUGGUUAGCGGGUUUGUUCUUCCUUCUUAUCAACUGUUCCAUCCUAAUUCAAAUUAUUUCCCAUUACAAGCAGGAACCCCUGGCAGAGAGAAUCAAAUAUGACUAAUUCAGGCUCCCGUUCUUCUGCCACUUCUAGUACAUUCGGAUGGUGCCGAACGGGCCAGAAGAGAGCUUUGGAGACAUUUUUGAACAUCCUGUGCACGCUGGUGAAAGUUCAGUUGGGAGCAUGAAUCCCGGCCCCGAGGGAGAUUAAAAUGAAUGGUUGCCUUGUAUAUAAAGGGGACUCAAUAAUUGAGGUCCACCUCUAGGAAAUCUUAGGCCUCAUUCAUCGGGAACACGAUGGGAAGGAAAGGUCACUUGUUUCAACACCGAAAGGCUGAUGAAACUAUCAGAUGCCAAAAGGUUUUGGAAGAAAAAUAGAGGAAUGUAGUCAGUCCCGGGGUCUAACCCAGUGUUCAUACCAGCUACACUAUGCUGCAGAGUCUAAAGCUGUCUUUUCUUUUCAACCCCCCACUUUUUCUUUUGAAAGCUUUCCCAAUAGCUGUGAAAACUCGCGGAAUGUUCCUAAAGUACAGCUUUUAGAUGUAAAGUGGUAAAUAUUAACUCUUGUGCUUAGGUUGGGAAAGUUCAUUCUGUAUUAAAAGUGGGGGCUUAGAAAAGAGCCCAAAGAAUUUAAACUGUAAUCAUGUUUCACAUAUCUGUUUCAUUACUUAGUUUUUCAGCACUUAGUCUCAUGGUAUUACACUACCAUUUGGUUUUAUGCAGAAAGGAUUAAAUUAAAAUUCAGCCAUCUUUAAACUGAAGUCAUUACAUUAUUUUAAAAUAGCAUCUUGCUUUUGAUGUUUGAAGUCCACAAACUAUUAAGGACAUUUUAGUGUUCUUUUAUACCCCUUUGUUUUUAAUUUUCUGAUUGCUUUUUUUUCUAGUUUUCUUUUUUUUUUUUUAAAUGUUUAUUUAUUUCUGAGAGACAGACAGACAGAAUGCUAGCAGCGGAGGGGCAGAGAGAGAGGGAGACACAGAAUCCGAAGCAGGCUCCAGGCUCUGAGCUGUCAGCACAGAGCCCUACUUGGGGCUCGAACCCAUGAACCGUGAGAUCAUGACCUGAGCCGAAGUUGGACACUUAGCCUGACUGAGCCCCCCGGCCGCCCCUAAUUUUCUGAUUGCUUAAAAAUAUUUUUCGUCUGGAAUUUAAGUGAAUCUUGUGUCAUCUGUGUUGCGAAAAUGCAAAGUAGUAGAUUUUAAGUGAUAAAAAAAUUACAUUGUUAGUAAAGUGUUUUCCAGCUUAAAAAUACCCCUCUGAAGAAAAUUCUAUGAUGGAAAUGGAGACCUGUGUGGGAGGCUCUGGAAAGCAUUAAGAAGCAUCAUUAGUCUUCAGACCAGGAAAUUGAGGGAGAGACUGUGGACCUGAGACUUUGCUGGGCAGAUCCAUUUCCCUUAUUACUAUCAUAUUUCUAGGAAAAAAUGUUUUCUGAGUUUCAAACAAGCAACCUAAAAUUUUUUUUAGUCCCCAUCUAGGUUGGGGACUCCCUAAGAAGCUAAAAUGUAGGAGUUUGCUUUUGUGGUUUUAAAAGAUGAGUAAUUAAGUGACAUUGUUCUUUCAUAGUACAACACACACACACACAGCGCACAACUUUAGAGAAGUAGUAUAUUUCAUAUCAGUUCCGGCCAAAAAGAGACUUUGAGAGUAAUGUCUGCGGGCUGGUCAUAAACAAGAAUGCUGUUACUGGGAGCACUUCUUUGAUGGAUGUGUUUUGGGACCUGCCAUUAGAAGGAGGGAAAGAAUGGGUGGUUUUGCCUGGGUUGUCGUUCAGUGAAAAUAGCAGAGACCAUUAAUUGUUGGAGAUGGUGACCGUUCUUAGAGCAUCUAGUCUCAUAUCCCAUGUUAGGUCUUACCUUGAGUACUCUUCGUAUGUGAUUGUUCAUUAGUUGCCUUCCAGCCAUGACUUUUUUAACCUUUUUUUUUUUUUUUCCAUUCUUUUGUAAUAAUAAUUAAAUUUUUUUUUGGUAGAGAGGCACCUGGGUGGUUCAGUUGGUUGGGCUUCCGACUUAGGCUCAGGUCAUGAUCUCACAGUUUGUGGGUUUGAGCCCCGCAUCAGGCUCUGUGCUGACUGCUUGCUCAGAGCCUGGAGCCUGCUUCGGAUUCUGUGUCUCCUUCUCUCUCUGCCCCUCCCCUGCUCACGCUUUGUCUCAGUCUGUUUCUCAAAAAUAAAAAUAAAUGUAAAAAAAAACCAAUUUUUUUUUGGUAGAACUGGUGGGAAAGGGGUGGGAAACAUGGAAUUCCAGUAUCCCAAUAUAAUUGUCUUUUUGGUAUUCCAGACUAUUUUUUAGAUUGUCAUAAGUAUAUUCACUUAUUAAUUUCCCAAUUUGUUUAAUAUUCUGUUUUUGUCGCGGCUCACUCUGUACUUACAUUGAAGUUGCUGAGUAACACUCCCAUCGCACGGAUGUUCACAUCAUAAAUAGGUCAGUCUUCCACUGUGAAACCUCGACAGUUGCCUCUAAUCUAAGACUUUAAACGUUUUCCAUGUCUUAGAUCAUUCCCUUAACAUUCUCAGAGUGUCUGAUAUUCUUAGAAGUCGGUGGAGUUCUGCUGGGAUCUUUGGACAGAGCUUCAAGUGCGGAACCUGCCCUGGGGGGACAUUCUCUCCCAAAGAACUGUGGGCAUUUCUCAAAAGAUGUAGAGGCUGUUUUGCAGCUCGUAGGCUGCAAACCAUUUAUAAAUUCAUGAAGUGAUUUUAUUUUGUCUCGAGGGUUUUCAUUUUUUUCAUUUUUCUUCCUGGUUUUAUACAAUCUCUUCUUGUCUUCUUUUCACUUGCAGUCUUUUUGGUGUCUUUAGUAGUCCUUUAAGAACA